AUGGAUAAACUAAAUAAAUCACUUGAAUUUUUAAAAUUACUUUCAACAACAGCAUCAAAAAUAUUAAUAAUCAAAGGUAACAAUGAAAAUUAUUUUAAAUUAGUUAAAGCUAGUGUGGAAACAUUAUUUACAACAUGUGAUGAAAAUGAUUAUAAUGUACGAUUGACUGCUGAAGAAAAUCUUAAUAAAUUUGUUAAAAAUUUAAAAGAAGCAGAUUCAACAAGAAUUCAAAUUGAAUUAUAUCGAAUUAUAAAACAUAAUCCUAAUGUUGGACCAAAUGCUUUAAAAGAUCAAUUAUUUGAACAUCAAAAUCAAAAUGCUAGUACACGUUUAAUAAUUGGUUAUCGUGAUUUAAUAAAAAAAAUUCUUCAAUUACUUCGUUAUUCAAAUUUAUUUGAUUUUGAUCAAUUAUUAAUUUCAAUUCAAAUUGGAUCUAUAGAAAAAACUUGUGUUAGUGAAGCCUUAAAAACAGAUAUUACAUAUCUUUUAUCUUUAUGUGAAUACGGUGAUCUACAUUUACGUGGUGCAUGUGCAAAUUUACUUGUUACAUUAAUUCAAACAACAAAUCAUCUUUUAACACUAUCAUCAUUAUCAAAUUCAUGUAAUAAUUCUUUUAUUAAUCAAUGUUCACUUGUAUCAACUGAUUUACAAGACAGUUCAAGUCAUGCAUUUACAAUCAUAGGAAUUAAAUUAUUAGAAGAUUCUAUUCAACAUACUACAAGUUCCUAUGCUCUUGCUAAAUUUGCGCUAGCUCAACUUAUAGAUGAUAUUGAUUUUCGAAUAUUAACUUAUCUUGAACAACAAUUAAAGCAACAGUACCCUGAUAUACGUGUUCGUCAAGCAAUUGCUUCGACUUUUGCUAAGUAUGCAUUUUGUAGAGAUAUUAACUAGGUAGCUUUUUUUCGAAUUUGAAUGAAUAAGUCGAUUUUUAUUGAAUUAAGUUAGUUAUUAGCUACUUUUUGAUUUUAAGGUUUUAUUGAUCACAAUUCAUUUUUACCAUGUCAAUGGAUAUAUAAAAUUCAUCAUUUAUUACACGUUUAAGCAUCAACUCGAAUACAAAUUGUUUGUUAUUUUUGUCUUUUAUAUAGGUUGGAUGUUUAGAAGAUAUUUAUGUUCUUUGAAAUGUUUUAAGACCAACAACAAUUCGACCAAUUUUUUCAUAAUCAAUAUGAUGAACUUCGUUUAUUUAUAAGUUUUUUUAAACAUUCCUUUAUAUUACAUGAUCUUAAUAAUUUAAUCUUUUCAAGUAAAGAGAAAAAAAAGAUACUUAUAAUGUUUUUUUUUGAAUUCUUUCUUUUUAUUUGAAGAUUUAUCAAAUCUCAACAAAUGAAAAAAUGUUUUGAAAGUAGCAUAAAUGAUUCAAGUAAUUCGAAAAAUUGAACUAUUUUAUCAUCAUUCUUUUGGACAGAAUAUAGUUGAUAUUUCAGUUUUCACAGAAGAAGAGAGUUCCAAAGUUUUAAAUUUGAAGAAUAUAUUUGAUCAUGUUUCGUCUGAAUGAAUUCAUUUG